AAAAAGAUGAAGAUAAUAUUCUAGAAAAACUUGGGGUUCCUUUUUAAUCUAGUUUGACUCCAAAAACAAAAUCAUCAGAUACAUGAUGACGUGGCUACACAAGAUUGGCAAAAAGCCUAUCUUCACCAAAAUUUGACAGGAACCUAGAUAACGAAAUUUUGAAGGUUACUGUUUUUUCUCUUUGGGGUCAAAAUUUUAACAAAAAGGAGGGGAAAUUUGUGUCUGAAAAAUGUGGUGUGCUUGCUAUCAUCAGCCAUUACCUGCCAGUUCCGUCGUGUUGAAUCAGCAGGCGAAGCAAGAAGAGAGUCUGAGAAGAAAACAAGUGUUCUUCUUCUUAUCCUCAUCAUCUCCUUCAAGCUUAAGCACCAAACAUCAAUGGCAAAUCAGUAAUUAUCCUAAAAAUGGGUUCAGACUAAAACCAAAAGCGAGUGUGUUGCCUCCUUCUGAGUCUGGUGAUAUCACUACAUUCCUCUUUGUUAGUGGAGCAAUGAUCUCCAUGUAUUUGGUAACCAAUUUUCUGGUUCCAUCGUUGCUUUUCAAGUCUCUCCAAGGUGAAGAAGAGGAAGAAGAGGAAGACUCCGAUUAAACUAUGAACUAUUAAACGAGUUCUUAUUAAAUCAUGGGUUAAUAUCCGUAUACUAAAGUUUUACGAUCAAAAUUCAUUCCACACGAAUUUCUUUCUCUUGCUUUUACUACAGAAACCAACAUAAUCGAACUAAGAAGAAAAAGCAUAUAGCAUCUUUUGUUUCUGAAUAUUUUCUCAAAUUAAAUUAAAAUAUCAAGUGCAAAUAAUAUGAAAAAAGCAACAUAAAUAUUGAAAUGAAAAUAAUAAUAAUAAUAAGAACUUUUUGCCUACUACUACAUACAUAGUAGCAAACUCAUCCUUGUUAUUUAGGCUUCUUAAGGACACAAACACCACCCUUGCAUGAACCUUUCUUUGAAGAUGGCUUCAUGAAACAACUGAAAAGCUUCUUGAAGAAACCCAUCUCUCUUGAAAUUUGAAGACAAUAUUAAGGCUAAUGGACUUUCUAAGGAUCUUUGCGUUACAUGCACCUCUAUUUGACUAGAUCCUAUACCC